GCAGGAAAGUACACAUUCACACGGUGCCGCCGCUGCAUCGACUCGAAAACAACCGAAAACAACCGGACGGUUCGCAGUUACACCGACACAACGGCUCAUGACACGUUCAUAGAAACACGAACUUGUGUGACAACAAUGGAGAAACCUCCCUUCAGGCAGAACCAGAACUGCGGAGACUGGGAGCUGAAAGAGAGGCUGGGCAUGGGCGGCUUUGCCCAUGUUUACCUGUACCAACAUCAUGAAACAAAUGAAAAACUAGCUGUGAAACUGUGCCGUCUGGAGCUCACACCAAGAAACAAGGACAGAUGGAGCCGAGAAAUCCAGAUCAUGAAAAAGUUGAAUCACAUCAAUGUCGUGACAGCCCGAGACGUCCCGGAGGAAAUGAGGCACAUAGCCUUAAAUGAUCUUCCACUGUUGGCCAUGGAGUACUGUUCCAGGGGAGACCUGAGGAAGAUGCUGAGCAAACCUGAAAACUGCUGCGGUUUGAAAGAGAGCGAAGUGCUUUCGUUACUCAAUGAUGUUGGAUCUGGUAUCCAGUAUCUGCACGAAAACAAGAUCAUACACAGAGACCUUAAACCUGAAAACAUAGUGCUGCAAGAUAUCAACGGGAAGCUGGUUCACAAAAUCAUUGACCUGGGCUAUGCUAAAGACCUGGACCAGGGCAGUCUGUGUACCUCCUUUGUUGGCACGCUUCAGUACCUGGCCCCUGAACUGUUUGAAAAUAAGCCAUACACUGUUACUGUGGACUACUGGAGCUUUGGCACCAUGGUGUUUGAAUGCAGUUGUGGUUUCCGUCCGUUCCUGCACAACCUUCAACCCGUGCAGUGGGCCAGCAAAGUGAGGAAUAAAGGUCCAAAAGACAUCAUGGCUGUAGAGGAACUGAACGGAGAAGUCAGGUUCUCCACACACCUCCCCUACCCCAACAAUCUCAGCAGGACACUGUUGGAGCCGAUGGAGGCUCUGCUGCAGCUGAUGUUAAAGUGGGAUCCUGUCCAGAGAGGAGGGAAAGUCAACGCUGAUACUAAGAGGCCCAUGUGCUUUGAAGUGCUGGAGCAGAUACUGAGUAUGAAGGUCGUCCACAUCCUGAACAUGACCACAGCUCAGGUCCACUCCUUCCAGCUGACACCGGAGGAAAGCCUCCACAGUCUGCAGAAGCGCAUCGAGGCCGAGACCAAGAUUGAAGUGGUGAACCAGGAGCUGCUGCAGGAGACGGGAGUGUCACUGGAUCCCAGGAAGCCCGCUGCACAGUGUGUCCUAGAUGGAGUGAGAGGGUGGGACAGCUACAUUGUCUACCUGUUUGACAAGAGCAUCACCAAGUACCUUGGUCCCCUCAGUGCCAGACAGCUGCCUGAUAAAGUCAACACUAUUGUGCAAGAAGCCAAGACACAGCUGCCCCUGGUGGUGCUAAAGAAGGUUUGGGGUGAAGCAGUGAGCUACAUCUGUGGGCUGAAGGACGACUACAGCAGACUUUUCCAAGGACAGAGAGCUGCUAUGCUGAGUCUCCUGCGCUACAACACCAACCUGACCAGGUGUAAGAACAGUAUGUUUGGCUUCUCUCAGCAGCUGAAGGCCAAGCUGGACUUCUUCAAAAGCAGCAUCCAGUACGACCUGGAGAAAUACAGCGAUCAGAUGCACAUCGGCAUAUCCUCAGAAAAGAUGCUGAAAGCCUGGCAGGAGAACGAGGAGAGAGCUGCUGCGUUUGCACAGGUGGCAGAGGUGAGCCAUCUGGAUGAUGAGAUCAUGGCUCUGCACUCAGAGAUAGUUGAACUUCAGAGGAGCCCGUAUGCUCGACGCCAAGGAGACAAGAUGGAGCAGCUAGAAGAAAAAGCGAUAGAGCUCUACAAGCAAAUGAAGAUGAAAUGCAAAAUACCUGAGCCAGAUGUGAGCAGUGACAGCUCUGAGAUGGUGAAGGCCAUCAUUCAGACUGUCCAGAACCAAGACAAGGUCCUCAAAGACCUGUACACACACCUCAGUAAGAUCCUGAUCAGCAAACAGAAGAUCAUUGACUUGUUUCCACGUAUUGAGAAAACCCUGGAGAGCAUCAAGGACGCUGACAACACCGUGAUGCAGAUGCAGAUCAAGAGACAAAGAGAGUUCUGGCAUUUACUGAAGAUUGCCUGUGCUCAGAACUCGUCACGAAACUCGAUAGCAGCCAGUCCCGAGUCGUCCAACCUGCUGCAGGUUUCUCAGUGGUCGCAAUCAGCGCAGCCUGUCAGCUCCCCACAUCCCCUGACCUCCCUGCCUGGGCCAAAUGACAGUGACGCCGCACCACGUCUGCUGCAGGAGAACCAGAAGUACCUCAGUCAGCUGACCAGCCUGAUGCAGGAGGCUGCUGAUGAACAGGCCAAAAGCAUCGUGGACCAAGACUGGAGCUGGACGAAAUACGAAACUUUAACCACAAAAUUAAAAAAGAGAAAUGCGUAAGGGUUUUGUUGCGUCUUUCCAUCCCUGCCUGUGCUCCAAGUAACACUAAAGACUGUGAGCUGCUAACACGAGCAGAGUGGCGUCAGAGAAACUUUGUACAGUUGUACAUGGACUCGGGAUAUUCUCUUUAAAAAAUGUCCUCGAAGACGGAGUUCACACAUGCUCAGUGAUGUCUGUCAACUCCCGUCGUCUCACAUGGUGGAAAGUUUGAUGAAUAUUCUUGUUUUUAUAUGAGAAAACGAUAAAGCUGUGUAACUCUACUUUUCUUUUUCCUUUUGCAGCACAAUAAACAUCAUAAUUCAUUUUUACUGUCAAUAGCAGAAUUGAGCAAACUGUAGCACCAUAUCUGAGGUGGAUUUAUCAUAUGAAAGGGCGUUGGACACAAACAUGGGAACAAGUUCAGCCGUGUGACAUACAAGGGAAACACAGGAAGUGGGUGGGGAGGGGGGGUCAAAGAGGAAAUUACAAUCAAGCAAACAGCACUUUGAUACUCCCAUGUGUCCCCUCUGUAAAGAGAUGGGAUGUGUCCAGGCUGCCAGACACUGUCGCAGGAUUCACAGAUUUACAAACACAGUUUAACUUUUAACGUCACUCAUAAUCAGUUUGAUAUAUUUUACUAUUCACAGACGGGGGUAACAGAGUCUCUGUACAUGUUUUUGUUUUUUAAAUAAAGUGUUAUGUAACAUAGGCAGGAGUGUUUUGUCAUGAUAAUGAGACAGACGUGGCUGGCCAUCAUGUUUAUACCUUGUCUAUAAUGUACAUCCGUCUUUUUAAUUGUCUGCAAGAUACAAAGGGUUUUAUUGUCUCAUUUAUGUGCACAUAUUGUUUCACUGGAUGGUUCAUGCUGCGUUCAUGUCACACAGAGCUGGAACGAUUUCAUCCAAGUUUAAUGCAGAUUUGAAACACAUUGCAGAAAAUCAGCUCAAGAAAAUGCAAAUUAUUAAGAGUUGAACAGCUGGUGGAGCUAAUUCUCCAGGUGGGUGCUAUCAAACAACCACAGAAGAAGAGCAUGUACCUUCCUGUGUUAAUGUGAGGAAGGUCACAGCCUCCUCAUCGCUCCACACGUAUCUGAUGCUUUCAGCUCUUCAGUUUAAGACACACGCCUCAUGUAUGUCAUGAUUCAUUUGUUGAGUCUCCCUCCAUUACUCUUUGUCACAUUUUGCUUUAUUGAAACACCAAUUUUCCCCUCAGCAAAGCAAAAAAAAAAAAAAGGAUUUUCAAUGUUUCGACUCAGGUUUGUUUGUGCAAAUUUAAAAAAGCAAAUAAAAAGAGUUUGACAGAAACAAACUUAAUCAGUCACUUUGUGAUCAAAAGAAAAUGAAAAUCAAACAUGAACAGGAUUUGCUGCUUUCUCUCACGUGACAGUAAACUGUGAUGCCACAUUCACACAGGAUGGGGAAGCACAGCAAAGCCUAUCUUUCCUGCAAGCUGCGAGUGACUGACGAGAAAACACACUGAUUAUCUGUUAUUAACUGUGGAAAGGAAAUAUUAUAUAUGAUGAGAUUGAAAUUAUAGAGCAUGCAUCCCAUGCUUACUAAUUCCAUAUAUUUGUCAGUUCUUCAUACACUCACACACAAACGCACUGCAGAGAAAUGUGCUUCUGCUGACAGGCGGCUGCACGACCACUUAACAUAUCGGCCUGCGUCCGCCUCAUGUGUGAACCAGGCGACAACCUCCAACCAUGAAGCCAGAAGUGCCAAAAACUGCAGUUCCUCUAAAGGCCACUAGAGGCUCAGUCCCCACGUUACAGCAGAGAUAAACAUGUUUACAACCCGGUACAGAAACAGUUUUGUCUGCUUAUGUUGCCCUCGGCCUCACCGUCAGAUCCACGCCUCGCUCCUCCUCAGCACCGGCCUGUCGCCCAGUUUUGGUCACUUCUGGGUCCUUAACAAACAAGAUGGUGACGGCCACAAUGACGAACUAGAGGCUUCAGAUCAGCAGUCCACAAACUAAUGUGUGACAUCACGGAGGCUAUGUCCAUUAUUUUUACAGUCUGUGGUGUGAACAUGGCGUAAGAACACCGCUCUGACAAAACAAGCAGUUUUUAUUUGCUUCUUGGCUCUGAGAAAUUGUAAUGAGCACAUUUGACUGAAAAAAUAAUAAAUCCAUUAAUCAAGGAAAUAAUUAGCACAUUAUUUAAUUAGUCAUUCAGCUGUCUUCAGUGAUCUGAUGUAGUAGUAAGUGGGAUUGUAACUCACCAAUAGAACAAAAUAAAUAAAUGCCCAAGGUGAUAUAUUCAGAUAACAUUUAUCCAACCAUCAGACCAAAACACAAAGAUAUUCAGCUUACAUUUAUAUAAAACAAAGAAAAGCAGCAAAUCAUCAUGUUUGAGCUGGAAACUGAAAAUAAUAAAUAUUUUUUGCUUAAAAACCCUGAAACAAUCAAUCAGUUAACAAAACUGUCGCUGAGGAAUCAACUAAUCGAUUAAUCAACCGAUCCUUUCAGCUCUCGUCACAAACACGGGACUCUUUCUGAGUUCUGUCGUCUAUCUAUGACAUGAACGUGGCUUUAUUCAUGGAGGUGUGACACCAUCUGGUUUCUGUAGAACAUCGUAGCACAGUCGGCGUCUUGGACCAUCGAUCCAUAGUGAAAUCAAUGUGGACGAUUGGAAACAGGAUUUGAAAUAGUUGAAUGUAUUGCAGUGAGCAGGGAGCUUUGGCCAGAGAGGAGUGAACCUUCUGAGUUGUAUUUAUGAAGUUGAAGUGCAAUGGAAAAAGAUUUUCUUUUUUUUUUUUUUUUUUUUUUUUGUAUUUAAGUAACUUGAUUUGUGUCUUCGUUUCUUUCCAUGUAAGUAUUUUGUUUCCAUCUGAUGUUUUAAAUUUGUCUCUGAAUGUUUAAUUUCAAGAAAUGUCAUUGUAUAAAGAUCAAAUGUUUGCCUGGUAAUAAAAUAAAAUGACUUUGGCAUGAC